UCGAACGCUCCCCUCGCGUCCGACGCCAUUUUGAACGCUGUCAGUGAACGGUAUCAAGUCGCAAAGAUGGAUUCUUAGAUUACUUGAAAUGAUAUUACGAUUCAAGUUAUGCUUUUUUAGUCGCAGUAUAUUGUAAAUUCGUGUUAUAGUUGUGAAGUGACCGCCAUCAUGACUGACAUCGCUGUACAGGCCAUGGAGGCCCUACAUAAUUGUCGCUGCUGUCUGCGACGCCCUCCGGACAAGGGUCUCAAGACGAUGUACGAGUCUGUUGGGAAAACUGAAGUCUAUUGGGAAAUGCUCAAACAGUGCUUCGACAUACGUCUAAACCUGGGCAACGACGAGUGCGGCAUCUGCGAGGUGUGCGUGAACCGCCUGCGGGACGCCAACGACUUCAAGAAUCAGGUGCAGCAGAGCCAGAUUGACCUCAAGUCGCUGCUGGAGCGAGCGCUGGCUGAGAAAGAUAAAAAGCCAGCCAUCGUUAAGGUGGAGAUUGUCGAAGAAGAUCCCAUCAGCGCCGAGCCUCUGAUACGUCAAGACCCGAAAAAGGAAUUCAAGGCUGAGAGCGAUGGCGAUUUGGUGUCAAGGCUUUUAUUCACCGCACCGACACCCGCCGCGGCGGACCUCGUGUCCGAGUCGGAAGCCGAAGACGAGCCAAACAAGUGUCAAGAAUGUGACAAAACCUUCGACAACGAAGAGAGCCUCAAGAGACACAAGUUCGCUGUCCAUGCUAAAGACGAAAUUCCUGUUCCUACUGAAAUUAUUCAUACAUGCAAAUUCUGUUGCCAGUGGUUCACGGAGAAAAGUAAGCUGCUUAGACACAUGGAGGUUCAUAAAGUGUCACCUAACGAGACUAUUGAUGGUCCUUAUUCUUGCGACAUAUGUGACAAGCAUUUUGCAGAGGAAGCUCACUUGAAGGAGCACGAGCAAGACCACACAGUCUAUAGAACACACAGACUGCCGUCUACAGAAUCCAACGGAGAUGACCAUGAUUUUCAUGACGAUAGCUACGAUCGCGACAAUAGUCCACUUUCGCAUCUGGUCGCAAGAAGAGAGAAAAAGGGAAUAAAGAAAAAGGAUAAAGGAUCUUCUUGCAAAUUGUGCAAGGAACAUGAGCCGAAAAAGAGUUACCCAUGUGACUUGUGCGACAAAAGUUUCAGAAGUAGUAACGGUUUGAAAUCGCAUAUGAUGGGUCACACGGGUGAAAGACCUCACGUGUGUCAAGUAUGCCAGAAGGCAUUUAAACAUAAAAGUCACUUAAAGUUUCAUCUUCAAAUUCAUAAUGAGAAUAGGCAAUACCCAUACUCUUGUGAAGUAUGCGGAAAGAGAUUUACAUAUAAAUCUGCGUUGACUGGCCACUUGCGGUCACACACGGGAGAAAAACCUUAUUCCUGUGAUCUUUGUAAAAAGAAAUUUGCACUUAAGAGCACUUUAAAUGCCCAUUUACGCUACCACAGAGGAGAGAAACCUUUCUCCUGUAAUAUUUGUAAAAAAUCUUUCGCGUUUAGGUACACUUUACAAGCUCAUGAGCGUUUUCAUGCGGGGAUAAAAGAACAUCAGUGUCAUAUAUGCCAGAAGCAAUUUACUUUAAAACGUACUUUAGACAAACAUUUACUCUCUCAUACUGAAAUGGGCAUGCCAGGUCACGGCAGGCCGGAAGAAAGUUUCUGUUGCGAAAUAUGUGGACGGCGAUUCCGGCAAAAAAGCUAUUUGGCGCGGCACUUAAAGGGUCACAUGGGAGUGAAACCGCAUGCUUGUGAUGUAUGUAACAAACGAUUCACCGAGAAAAGUAGCUUAAAGGCUCACAAGAAGAUACACACUGGUGAUAAACCUUACUGUUGCGAAAUAUGUCGAAAGCGUUUCGGGCUGAAAGCUACAUUGAAGAACCACAUGGUCGUACACACUGGACAAAAACCACACGCGUGCAGAAUAUGCCAUAAACAGUUUUCGUAUAAAUGUGCUUUGACCGUUCAUUUAAAAUCAGUUCACUUCAGAGAAAGACCUCACACUUGCCACAUUUGCAAGCGAACAUUUGCGUUGAUAUCUACAUUGAAAAUACAUAUAUUGAGUCACACGGGAGUAAAACCUUUCUCGUGUCACAUAUGUGGCAAAUCAUUUGCUGUGAAAUAUGCUUUAAAGAAACAUCUAGCAACGCAUAGUGGAGGAACUAGCUCGAACAACCGCGCGAAUGCUGUAAAUCGGGCGACUUCACACUAUCGCCCGUUUCUGACACACCCUAUGAAUUAGGAAUAAUCGAAGGUAGUAUUUUUUGUGUAACAACAAGUCGCACGAUGUGUACUAUCCCUUUAGGUAAGUUAGAGAUAGAAAAAUCGUUCCUUAUCAUGAACAGUUGUACAACUAAAAAUGAAAUGCUAUUGCAUUUAAUAUUCUAUCUUUUACUGGUAAGAUUUAAAGUCGAAUGGCAUUUCAUUUUGUUUUGUGUCACUAUUCAUGAUAAGCGUCGAAAUGUCUAGUUGAAGAUACAAAUCAUGGCAAUUGUAUAGUUUCCAAUCUUUAUCUUCCUGAGGCCCAUGGUUCUACCUAUUAGUACAGUUUAAGUGCGAUGAAAUUCAAAUUGUUUUCAUUUGAAACUAUUUACAUUUGUUUUGUUUCGUUUAGUUUCAAACAAAACAAAAUAUAUUCUUAUUUCCUAAUGUAAAAAUAUCACUGGCAAAUUUUGGUAAUUUUUAUUGUAUGGCUGGGCCUCAAAAGGUAAAACCGGGUCUCGUUUUUAGAAAUAAGUAGAAGUUAGACCAAUGUUGGUAAUCAGAGAUUGCUUUAGUUUAUAAGAUGUAUAAUGUAUUCUCGCAGUAGGAUAUUCUCUCUUUAAAUGUAUUAUAUUUAAAGCAGUCGCUUUAGUCGUAUUUAAACCCCCAACGCUAAAUGCUGAUUUAAGUUUGACUUGUGUAUUUGUAUGUGUCUAUGAAUGAAAGAUUUUUUAUUGUACGUUUAGUUACACCUCCAGAGAUAAAGUACCUCCUGCGUAGAAGUUUGUAUGGAGAAGGGGUACUUAUUAUCUGCGGCUGAGCGUACAACUGAACUUAACGUAGAACACUAGUAUGAAUUAUGUCCAAUGAAAUGUAAAUAUUUAUUAUAGUAUUGUUUGAACAGAAAUGGUACGUUGACGAAUGUCUAUUUAAUACAAUUUUGUGAUUUUUGGCGUUUUUAUGUUCUAAAUUGUAUGAAGACACCUGUCACCGUACCCAUGAUGUUUGAAAAAUACUAUAAGCGGCCCAGAGUUAUUGCUUUCAAAUUUAAAAGGAAACAAAUUAAUUUCUAUUUUCUAAUGCAAUGGGUUGCUAGAAGUCAAAAUUAAACAACUGGUAGAGCUACUGAGUCGUCAUUUUGGAUAUUUGAGUCUACGCAGAAACGAAGUGACUUGAAUAAGUGGUAAUUUAAGCUAAGAAAUAUCAAAUAAAUCAGCUUUUUUUUUACUUUAACACUUAUUUGUUAGAGAAAGUUAUUCGUUUUUACUUUACAUCUGUAUUUGUUUAUGAUUUACACAUUUCUCCAGUCUCCUUUUAAUAUGUUUUUUAAAAUAUUUUUUUGCUCUAUACGGCAUGACUGAGGUUUAAAUCCAUGAUUUUAGUACCCCACACAUUCUAAUCAUGGGGGGUUUUUAGAUGUUUUCAUUUACAAUUGUUAUAAGUAAUUAUGUGAGUAAACUAACGUAAUUGAUUACUGCAUUGUAGUAUUAGUAUAUUAAUGUAUAUGUCCUAAUGUUUCACAGCCUUAUUCCAAUAUUAGAUACUCGAUUGGUCACCUACACUGCUAGGAAUAGGGUAUUUGACUUGACUGUAUUUAAAAUAAAUUAUUUUACACCAUGCAUGAAAUAAAGCAUCAGAAGAUUAAUAGAGAAACGUUGACAGCAGUUAUUUUUAUACCGAUUUCUAUUUUAAAACCCGUAUAAAACUAUAAAGAGUAGGUAAUUUGAUUGUGACGUCACAUGCUAGUGUUUCAUAUAAAUUCCAUAGUAGGAAAAUCGUUUCGACAGUUCAAAAAAGAAACUGAUUUGACUAGUAAAGUAAAGUCAAAUAUCCUAUUAAGAUUGAAGAUGGCAAAUAUCUGGGCGGUGUCAUUGGGACAUGGACGUUACUCUUUAACAAUAAAAGUUAUUCUUAUUUCAAUGAA